AUGUAUGGGGAUUUGGGUAAUAAAUUAAUAUUAGAAGCUAAAAGGACGAAACAAUUGUAUGCAAGAAGUAGUCAAGAUGUUAACUUACCUAUGUAUCAUGAAGAUAUAAUACGAAAUAUUCUGAAAGAAAUUUCAAAUUUACGUAAAAAUACGGAAUACCUUAAGGAACAGCAGCAACUAGGAAUGCUGGAUGACAAGGUAGCUAAAUGUCAAUAUUUUGUCACGUUGUUAUGUAUGGAAAGGAACAAGAGAUGUCUGUUAGCGUACCAAAAGUUAAGAACUGACAUACUAGAUUCUAUGGCUUGGAAUAAUAAUGGUUUGGACUUAAUGAGUAGCAUGACAUUCAGUCAACAAGACACAAAUAACCUUUCUCAUCAAGAGCAGGAAUACUUGAAAGAAUACUGCGAUUUAAUUACUGAUUUAAAAAGCGGUGACUUGGUCGAUAUUGAUUUAUCUGGCUCUUUAGUGCCUCCAAGCGAUGUUUUUAUUGAUGUUAGAGUACUCAAAGAUGCCGGUGAAAUUCAGACUGAAUAUGGCGUGUUUAACCUUAUUAAAGACUCUCAGUUUUUUGUGAGGCAGUCUGAUGUAGAGCGGUUGAUUCAGCAAGGUUACUUGCAGAAGAUAUGA